AGUACAGCUCCGGUCACGACCAGUACAGCUCCAGUAACCACCAGUACAGCUCCCGUCACCACCAGUACGGAACCAGUAACCACCAGUACAGCUCCGGUCACCACCAGUACAGCUCCGGUCACCACCAGUACAGCUCCAGUAACCACCAGUACACCUCCCGUCACCACCAGUACAGCUCCUGUAACCACCAGUACAGCUCUGGUCACCACCAGUACAGCUCCGGUCACCACCAGUACAGCUGCAGUGACCACCAGUACAACUCCAGUUACCACCAGUACAUCUCCGGUUACCACCAGUACGGAACCAGUCACCACCACUACAGCUCCAGUGACCACCAGUACAGCUCCAGUCACAACCAGUACAACUCCAGUGACCACCAGUACGGGACCAGUAACCACCAGUACAGCUUUGGUCACCACCAGUACAGCUGUGGUCACCACCAGUACGGAACCAGUAACCACCAGUACAGCUCCAGUCACUACCAGUACGGAACCAGUGACCACCAGUACGGCUCCAGUGACCACCAGUACAGCUCCGGUCACCACCAGUACAGCUCCAGUAACCACCAGUACAGCUCCCGUCACCACCAGUACGGAACCAGUAACCACCAGUACAGCUCCAGUCACUACCAGUACGGAACCAGUGACCACCAGUACGGCUCCAGUGACCACCAAUACAGCUCCGGUCACCACCAGUACGGAACCAGUCACCACCACUACAGCUCCAGUGACCACCAGUACAGCUCCGGUUACCACCAGUACAGAACCAGUCACCACCAGUACAGCUCCAGUCACCACCAGUACAGCUCCAGUGACCACCAGUACGGAACCAGUAACCACCAGUACAACUCCGGUGACGACCAGUACGGAACCAGUAACCACCAGUACAGCUCCGGUCAACACCAGUACGGAACCAGUAACCACCAGUACAGCUCCGGUCACCACCAGUACAGCUCCAGUAACCACCAGUACAGCUCCCGUCACCACCAGUACGGAACCAACCACCAGUACAGCUCCAGUCACUACCAGUACGGAACCAGUGACCACCAGUACAGCUCCAGUCACUACCAGUACAGCUCCGGUCACCACCAGUACAGCUCGAGUGACCACCAGUACAGCUCUGGUCACCACCAGUACUGCUCCAGUCUUCACCAGUACAGCUCCGGUCACCACCAGUACAGCUCCAGUGACCACCAGUACAGCUCCAGUUACCACCAGUACAUCUCCGGUUACCACCAGUACGGAACCAGUCACCACCAGUACAGCUCCAGUGACCACCAGUACAGCUCCAGUUACCACCAGUACAUCUCUGGUUACCACCAGUACGGAACCAGUCACCACCAGUACAGCUCCGGUCACCACCAGUACAGCUCCAGUUACCACCAGUACAGCUCCGGUCACCACCAGUACGGAACCAGUCACCACCACUACAGCUCCAGUGACCACCAGUACAGCUCCGGUCACCACCAGUACGGAACCAGUAACCACCAGUACAGCUCCAGUCACCACCAGUACAGCUUUGGUCACCACCAGUACAGGACCAGUAACUAUAAGUACAACUCCAGUCACAACCAGUACAACUCCAGUGAGCACCAGUACGGGACCAGUAACCACCAGUACAGCUCCAAUCACUACCAUUACGGAAACAGUGACCACCAGUACAGCUCCAGUGACCACCAGUACAGCUCCCGUCACCACCAGUACGGAACCAGUAACGACCAGUACAGCUCCCGUCACCACCAGUACAGCUCCAGUAACCACCAGUACAACCACCAGUACAGCUCUGGUCACCACCAGUACAGCUCCAGUGACGACCACCACCAGUACGGAACCAGUCACCACCAGUACAGCUCCAGUGACCACCAGUACAGCUCCGGUCACCACCAGUACAGCUCCGGUCACCACCAGUACAGAACCAAUGACCACCAGUACAGCUCCAGUUACCACCAGUACAUCUCCGGUUACCACCAGUACGGAAGCAGUCACCACCAGUACAGCUCCAGUGACCACCAGUACGGAACCAGUAACCACCAGUACAGCUCCAGUAACCACCAGUACAGCUCCAGUCACCACCAGUGUAGCUCCAGUAACGACCAGUACAGCUCCAUCACCACCAGUACAGUUCCAGUCACCACGAGUACAGCUCCAGUGA